AAAAUGUCAUAAAUAGCUUCACGUCGAUAAGCGUGUAACCCUUUCUUGAAAGCAUUUUUCCAUAACCUAAAACUCAUUUUUCCUUCCUUUUUAAUACGACUGCGAAAGAUGACGGGUCUAUCAGAAAAGCCGAUUGUUAUCGACGGCCGUGGCCAUCUUCUGGGGCGCCUCGCAUCCAUCAUUGCUAAACAGAUACUUAGCGGUCGUAAGGUUGUUGUGGUCCGAUGCGAAGAUCUGCAGUUGUCGGGACAUUUCUUCCGAAACAAAAUUAAGUUCUUAGCAUAUCUGCGUAAACGGUGCAAUGUGAACCCAGCCCGAGGACCAUUCCAUUUCCGCGCCCCCAGCAGAAUGUUGUGGAAGGCUGUCCGUGGAAUGGUACCCCACAAAACCAAGCGUGGAGCAAAUGCCCUGCGUCGUUUGAAGUUGUACGAGGGUAUGCCGCCACCAUACGAUAAGCAGAAGAAGCUGUGCGUUCCCAUCGCUAUGCGACAACUUUGCCUGCGUCCGGACAGGAAAUACUGUGAUGUAGGCCGUGUUGCCCAUGAAGUAGGUUGGAAAUAUCGGGAUGUUGUGGCCAAUCUUGAAGCCAAGCGGAAGAUUAAGGCCCGCCUUACUUAUCUGCACAAGAAGAAGUUGAAGAAACUCACAUGGAGAGCCAGAUCUAGCGUUGCUGAUAAGAUCAAGGAUCAGAACACUGUUCUUGAAAGCUAUGGUUAUUUGACUUCUGAAUUCCAGAAGAAAUAUACCCGACCAGUGUUAAACGCGAAGGCUGUCAAGAUUGGAAAGAAAAAGCGGCAAGCAGCUGCUGGAACCGCUUGAAUGCUUUUAACAAUGUAGUUUAUUACAUUGCUGGAAUAAAAUAAAGUAUCAGACAAUUAA